UUCUUCUCGCGCAACCGCUUCAUCAUUCACGACUUCCACGCAAGGCAGCCCUGGGACCUGCCGGCCGAGUAACUUGAACCCGCCUGCCUGGAAAUUGCCAGCACGAGCACCAGUUACUCGUUCGAACGUCUCGCCAUUUCGGAGUUCCUCUGGGAGGUCGUGCCUAUCCAUUGCCUGACCUACCUCCGUUUCCUCGAGCUGGUGUUCCCCCCUUACGUGCCCCACGGCUGGCCCCAUAGGUAGCACCCAGCGACUCUGGAUUGGGUCGCCACGGUGAAUUGGGUCUGGAGCCAGGUCAACGCACCCGCGCUCACCCUCCGCCUUGUCAUGGCAGAUUUUGGAGCCGAACCGAUUACUGAUCGUAAGGUCAUGACCAAGGCUCUAGCGGACGACAUCAUCCGAGGGUACGCGUGUAUCAUGGACCCCCUGAGGCCCUUGGUAAGGGUGGAUGGCGGCGGUCUGGCGGGCUUCUACCUGCAGCUGGCAUACCCUGCGAGAUGGACCCUGGACGUUCUCCGGCGUGCUUAAUUGGACGACGGGUUCCUGGCCCGACUGCACCGAAACCUCAUUGUGUGGGCUGAGUGGUAUUUGCGGGGCCCCGGCUCGAGUACCCUCGACCAUCUCAACCGGGCUGAGCCGAGCAAGAGCUCCUGGCAGCGCUGGUAUCAGGUGGAUCCUCACGGUGAUUAGAUGAUGGAAUCAAUACAGUAAUAAUCCGUAUAGGGAGCUAUCUUUGCUGUCCUAUAUCAACAGCCAAGAUGAGGCGUAGCCUUGGCCUUCUCGAGCUGCUUGAGGACUUCCAGAACUUGCUUGUUUUUUUAGUAUUCCGGUUUGGGAUCGUAUGCCUCAUCCUCUGGGGCGGUGAUAGAGUCCACCAUUGUGUAUGUGGCAGUGUCGCAUUAUCUGUGAAAAAGGCAAGGAAAAGCACCUAAUGCUUUUCUCCAGUUAGUAAUCCUCGGGGUUCGUCAGACGGCAAGCAGCAGAUGCCAGAGACGCAGAAGACGGAGAAAGCGGGUCGCAUGUUAUUUGGGACGUAUAUAGGCAGUUGCAUAUGCGCUGCCUGGUAUAC